AUCAGCUGUCAAAGUAGUGCGAAAGUCGGUUGUUUUUCUCCGGACGCGAUUUAUUCGUUUUGUUUAUUUCGUCGCGAGUGGAACAAAAUUUACGACAUUUCGGUCAAAUUUUCUCGCUGUUUUAAUGAACAUUCGCCGGUUGUAGUUGUUAAACAAUUGUCGUUUGGAGCGGUUUCGAAAUUCGCGUGUGCUGCCGGUUUCCGCAAUCUUCGUCGGGUUGUACGAUUGUUUACUCCAGUGGUGCAAAUCCUGUUAAUUCGUGUCGGUUGGAAAAAAGUUUACGGUUGAUGAUUAAAGCUCAAUGUUAUGUUGAUUCAUUUUUUGAAAAGUUUACAAGGUUUGAUUUAAAAGUUCAGUUUUGUGAACCAGUGAUUCUUAUUUAAAGUUACGCGUCAGUGAGUAUUUUUGUUCUUUGAGAGUGAGUAAAAUGGCUGAGCAGCUAUUGGAGGCCGCUUUGGCUGCCAAAUUCGAGUCGGAGGAGGAAUUUCCAAGCUGGUUUCUUCAACAAUUUAAGAAAAACGAUACAACGAGCUGUACGAUCGAAGAAUUUGCUGUUCACUUCCUGGGUCUGAUUCGAUCACAAACCGAAGACUUCACAAAAUGUGCCCCAUCGAUGUGCGACACCCCGAAGAAUGUUAUCCCUACAAGUUCGUCUGCUCCCAGCGGAAGGAAACUGUCAAUCACAACAUCUUCUUCUGUAGCAAUGGCUGCGGCGGAUGACGAUCAGCCACCAGCAUCAAUAACAACAACAUCGAUGGGAACAACGGCAACCACAACAUAUGCCAAUAACGGCAACGCACCCAUAUCAGUGUCGAAUGAACCGUCUCAAUUACCGGCAACUUCCGCCUCCAGUCACGAGAUGGUGCCGCAAAUGGCGGGGAAAGUUGAUACGACGACUCUGGGGGCGACGGGAAGCGCAGGACGACGCUCGAUUUCACGGGAUUUGUUUGUCGGUUCCAGCGAUUCGGUGCUGGAGGAUGACUUUCAGACCGGAUUCCAGAACAUCGAUCAGGACAAGGCGAGGUGCCAGCAAAAAAAUAAAAGUGUCCUAUCUAUAUCGGAGGUCCCAUCGAGUCCGGUUGCGAACUUCACAGCUCGGCUCCAGGGACAAACGCCAGGCAGCAUGAAAAUCGAUUCACAUUCCAAUACGAGCACCCCGGUUCGUCAUGCAUCGAAGUCGAAUGCUGCCCUUCAACUUAGCACCAGCACUCCGAUAGCCUCGACCUCUGCUCGAUCAAGCAAAUUGGGUUCACGAAGCGCCUAUGGAAUGGACUGUUCAACUCCCGGCUCACGUCACGAAUCUAGGAAGAGUCAUGAUAAGUCUUUUGGAAAUAACUCCAGCAGGCUCAGUUUGGGCGAUUUCAUCACGAACUCCUCGAUGAAAUCAAACAAGUCCAGAAAGUCGACAGGUUCUAAGGAUACCAGUAGGAACGAUUCGUUGUUUCUCGAAAACGAUUUUCCAAGUUUGGGAUCUCCGGUGAAUUCUACUCCUGGGAAAGAGCAUCUACCUCAAAACCGCAAUAAGAAAAGAGUAACGCCAAUCACCGUUAGCAAAACUCUUACCACUCAUUUGGGAGGUUCUAGUUUUGAGUUGGAAAAUGCCGCCCCGGCUAGCCCUGUCAAUAAUAGAUCACAACGAAGGAUCGUCCCAACGUCUGUGCUCUCUGAUCGAGGUUCGAUUUCCGGUAACAAGCACGACUUCAAUAGCUCGUCUUUCAAAUCUGACAAUAAUCUCAUGAACCUCACGGAGGACAGUUUGGAACUGGACAUGUCUCAGAAAGAUGAGCGAGGAUUGCUCCGAAAUUAUAAAGACAUCAUAAAAAGUACCUUUGAAGCGGCCGAGGAGCAGAAUGUUGACACCAACAGAAUGUUGCAAACCGCACUCCGGAAUUCAAUCAACACACCCAGAAAGCUUUCCGAAAGUGCCUUGGUUCCACCUAUCAGAAUAGACCUCGCAAAGGUUACUCGGAAGCAGGAAAUAGAACGAUUAGUUCACAUUUACAGUUUGCUCAUAGAUCUGAACUUAACGCCUAACGUAUUAUCUGAGAUAGCGUAUCUGAUCAAUCUCGUCAACACCGAGUCAGAUCCAUUCGAUACGGCUUCUUCAAUUAGUUCGGACCAAUCGGAUGAAUCCGUCAAUUACUUCACAAUUCUGAAGAAUGUCAACAACUGCGUUUAUUUUGCACUUGAGGUCUUGCAGUUACAAAAAUCUCUACUGGCUUUGCUAGACAGCACUUCGCUCAAAGUCUUGGUGGAAAACGAACGGAUCAACGGGUUGUGUCCAUCGCUGAAUGGAUUCUUGAGGGAGAUUCACGGCCAGAAGCUGCAGCUCGAUGGCAGCGUACAGCGGAUGUUGGACAUGUCCGUCAAGCUGGUCAAUGGGGGCAACGUUUUCUAUCAGCAGGAAGCGGACACCAAGGAGCAUUUCCCAUCGGAUAAGGAGUUUGGAGCCUUUAAGAAGCAGCGGGAUGCUUUCUGCACUAUCUAUCGGACGUGGGACUUCAAGCACCUGAAUCCCACGUGGAACUUUCUAGCGGAGCUGAGACCGAAAAUUCGAGCCUUGCUGGCCAUCAUGGAGCACCCGAUCAAUAUGGCCCACCUGGCGAAACUCUUCACGGCCCAGCUGGUACAGGCGUGCAAUUUCGAGAACUCGCCCUCGGAGCUGGCAAUCGCCCUGCCAAACGUGGAUCCGGCCAAGUUGGUAAAACUCCGCCAAAGGUUGGUGGCGCCCAGCCAAUUCUCCACCCAGUAUCUUUUUCCCGGGAGUCAGGCGUUUUUCCGCGACUUCAUCAUCGCAACCGAGGCGAAUCAAAUUUUCACCGAACAACUGAAGGCGGUGCUGAUCCACGAGCUGCUGGAGAUGAACGGAUCCUCCUACGAGGUGCUCAACGUUUCCGGCCCCGAAAGUCAGCAGCAGCACGGCAGCGAGUAUGUGGUCCGUCCGGAAUCGACAACUACGAUGCGUGUUUUGGCGAAAUUUGUGGGCUUCAUCAUCUCAAGGCCACUCAACUACGAUAGCUACCGGAACUCGACCGUAGACAACCGGCAGCUGGAGCUGCGAAAUUCGCUGCUGCCACUGUUCGACGUAAAAUCCAUUCUACUGAAGGCAAUCGCCGAACGCAAGCUUAUCAUCACCAUUCCCUGGCUGGUGCAGUAUCUGGCCAUGCUGGAUGGAAUCAGCCUCCGGUUGGAUUAUUACAAAGAGCUUUUCGAUAUUUUGUACGAGCUUUACCUGCGAACAACGACUCGAGAUCCUGGCCCGAUUGAACGGAAGCUUCUGGUUACUCCCACUUCCAAAUUCAUCAUCCGAGUUAGUCUGGGCUGGCUUUUUGAACAGCCUCACAUUCCGGAGGAAUACUAUAGCUACCGCCAGGAGCGCAGAACUUUACUUCCGGUCGACGAAGGAUUGCAAAAUUUCAAAAAGAUUGAACUGCUUGUCGAUAAAAGCACCGCAGAAGAUUUGGAACGGCAUAGAAAAGCACUUGUAUUGACGAAGGUAAACAAUGACUCUGGCAAAGGAACGACGUCGACGUCGUGUUUCGAGCUUAAACCAUUCCGAGAUGAAUCUAUUGAAAUCCAACCCCGGACACAAGAGGAGGGCUCUAAAAGUGAUGCAAUUUCAUUAAACCCGGUCCUGGAAAGCAUUCUCAAUGCAGCCUGUCCAUUCCUGGCCGAUUUCCGGGUAUCGAUGAUGCCCUCGAGGCUGGAGAAAACCGUCUCUCGAUCCGGUCGUUAUCGACACAUCACAACAAAAUACUCCGGUUCUACGACGAUGGCCAGUGCCAAGCACAAACAGACCAACGACCAGCAUCGACUUCUGGAUGCUUUUCUCCAGUCGCAAAGCCUUUCGGUGCGCCGGACGGUAGAAUUCAUUAUCGAACGAGCCUCAUCGGCCGCCAUCAAGGACUUCCAGAUAGUGCAUCUGAUCCCGGCCAGGAAACAAGUAACGGAACAAAUCGCCCAGCUAAGAGCAGAUUCGACGGCCGCGGCUAGCAAACAAAUUUAUCUUCUCUGUUCCACGGCUCUGACCGAACUCAACAGCUCGUGGGACGCGAAAAUCCCACCGAUGCUCGCCAGAAGAAUCAGGGAUGGAUUCGAUGCGUUGCUCCCAACCGAGACGCUUCAUGCGGUGAAGGAAACUUGCGUGAAGGUUGCGAUUGAACGAUGCCUGGUCAAGUCCAAUGAAUGGCGCCAGACGCAUAUGACUGAAAUUGAUCUCUUCUGCAAGGACAUUCCCGGUGAGGCUUCGAAGGCUGCCACGAGGACGACGGCUGCCGGCAAACAAAACUUCCAAAUUGCUGCCGUCACUUCUUCUUCCAAUGCGGCUGUUGCUGCUGCCUCUCCGCUUACCGUGGUUCUGGAUCGGGUCCUGCAUACGACGGUCUACGAGCAUCUUCAGGUUCUGGUCCACCAGGCCGCUUACUGUCCGGAAGAGCUGAACUCCCCAGAGCUGGAACGCUUCCUCGACCUCUGCCGGCAUUAUUUGAAUGAACAGGAUGGAACCCCAGUCAUGAACCGAAUGUUGGCAUUCACACUGCUCCAGAUGGCGCUGCUUCUCGUAAUCAAUCGAUGUGAUUUGAUGACGCCCGAUGUCCUGCAAGCUUUCCUGUCCUUGUGGAAGCAUCCCAAGUUGGUUGAGUUUUGUACCACACCGGAAUCGGCGGACCGCCAUCAGCAGCGCAAACAGCAGGAAGAGGACGAAAUCGAACAACUGAUGAAGACGACGGCCAUGGAGAAUUGUGACCGCUCCAUGGUGGAUGAAGAGGAAAUAAUGCGAAUCAGGCAAAGACAGCAGCAAGAAGACGCCAACUACGUCUUCUCGACUUUGGUCAGCAACCGGUACAUCCGGAUGAUGGAGGCGGCCCGAGGUGGAAGGAGUUCUCCCAGCAUCCAGAGCCAGAACCAGGACCAGGCGUACCGGUGCUUUGCUAAUUUCAUCAACGCGCUCGUCCAGUCGGAACUGAUCAGCAUCCGGCGGUUAAACGAACAGUUUGUGAAAAUAUUCAGUGAGGACUGGCAACAGCAAACCCUAGAACGCGUCUCCCGCUUGAUGGAUGCGGUUCUACGAGGAGGAGACGAAGGACCUUCAGCAGCAGCAGCAUCCGAAUCAUCAUCUACUGGUGAAGGUGGCCCAAAGGCAGCAGCAUCAGGACAGUCGUCGUCAAACUCCCACGGGGCCGGCGGAAGUGGAAGUGGUCGUCGAAAAGCUCCGGCCAGCCCGGAUGACUCGCACUCGCAACUUUUCCUCGAAAUGCUCUCCGAUUUGGCUCGGGAGAUUGAGGAUUUCUGAUGCCUAAUUGCGUUCCCCCGUCCAGCAAACGUCAAACGAACGCAACGCAUUUGCUGAAGGGUGGCUCCAGAGAGCUGGUAUGUCGCUACCCAAUCUUACCGGGAUCCUGAAGGUGUGAUGGCCAGCCAUUAGCGACCGUUGUUGGCUCCGACUGACUCUGACUGACAGGUAAAUCUGGCAGCGACAGUAAUGUUGUUCAAGUCUCGUCAUCGUCAUUUGAGUGGCCGUCCAUUUUCCAUCUUCUUCCAGCUUAGGCCAGGUUUUCUGCUAAAAAUUCAUCUCCCUGUCAACUUGUUCCGUUGGACAGUUGAAAUUUACUCAUUUCGUUUUUUAUUAUUCUUGUUCCCAAUUGCAUUCAUUAUUCAAAUAUCCUAUUUAAGUUUUCUUGCUCCAUCUGUUUUUUAAUCGUUACUCAUUUUUAAUUGCAUUUGAUUGAAAGCCCAUUAAACAAUUUCAUUACUAUUAUUUGUUCUU